GGAGACAACUGAAGAAUCUAUUUAAGAGAUCAUGAUUGGGUUGAGACCAGUCAAUCAGUGUAUUGUCCAAUGCUAAACAAGAUGCUGCUUUGGCUGAAAAAGCUUUAAAAAUGGUACCGCCAUAUCUGACCAAGAGAUCAACAAUGUUAAAUGAGUCCAGUUCUUGUCGUCGGUGAACAUAAACUUCACAAAGGACAUCGCGAGAAACAGAAAAUGCAAGCACAAAUUCUCCAAGAGUGAGCCGAGGAUCCUGAGAUUUUAGAGUAACAGACAGAUCUCCACCGUCAACUACCCUGUGAUCCAGAAAUUCUGAAGUUGCAAUAAGUAUUGAAACUAAAUUAACGUCUUUACCAUGACGAUAUUGUGUCUCAGUUGAGGAAAGAUAGAGUGGCGGUGAACUACUGAAGCAGAGGAGGAUCCUGAACUACAGGCAGUUGAUAGAGUGAAGAUUGGCAGCACGGGGGCAGGUGUGGGCAUGGCUGAAGCAGCGGGAGAGGCGAGUGCUGCUGCUGGUGUCCCUGAUGAGGAUGAAAUGGCUGCUGGUUCCAAGCGAGUGAUUCUGUUAUCAAGCACAUCCAGGCGAUCAGAUACUGUAGAAAUUAUGGUGGAAAGAGGAUGAAUGAGUUGCUUGAUAUCGUUAAAAAUCUGAUAACGCAAAUCGGAGGAAAGAUCAGAUGAAAUUGAAAACUCUCUUCAUAGACUUUUGAGGAGGAAAGACAGACUCGGCUGAUAUGGAUUUGCAAUAUGAAACAAAUAAAGCAGCCCGAUCGCUUCCUGCUUCAAGGGCAAUCCUUUUUUGAAAAGAGCUUUCACGAGUUUGCAAAUUUCUUUGAAAGUUUUUCUGGUGGAUUGUUGAAGGAAGACAACCAGAAGGAAAGAGAAAUUCUUCAUCUGAGUCAGAUGAAGAUGAAAGCUGCCCUGGAACUGAACAAAGAUGCUCUAAACCCACUGAAAGCUUCCGCCUCGGGUGACCUGAAAACAGACGUAUCCCACAAUCCUUUAGGAGAAGAGGAAGGCGGGAUCCCCUUUCCCAACUCUGGUCUACUGCAGGUGGCAGAAAGAAGACAGCCCCUGAGCAGCGUGUCCUCCCUGGAGGUGCACUUUGACCUGCUGGACCUCACCGAGCUCACGGACAUGUCCGAUCAGGAGCUGGCUGAAGUGUUUGCCGACUCUGAUGAAGAAAACCAAAACGAAUCUCCAGCAACUCUGCACCAGCCCCCCCUCCCUCGCGGAGGAUACCUGCGCUCGCCCUCGUGGACCAGAACCAAAGGAGAGCACAGGCGGGACCGGAAGAGCCUGACCAGUGAGUCUGAGCAGCUCCUGGAUACCGACAGGCCCAAGAAGCCCUGAGCCACAGACACUCACCUGCCUGGACUCUGACACCAAUACCAAGCGAUAAAUCUGUGGUGAUAAAGAGAAAUGGUAGAUGGAUGCUGUGCACUGUAAUCUAAAGUAGGCAACUUAUGAGUGAAUACACCACUAUUUUAUUUUAUUUAAAAAGCCUGUGGGAGGGGUUGAGUGGAUGAAUGUUUUGCCUUAUUGCACAUUAGGUAUUGGCAGAAAUCCAAUUAAAAUGAACAUGCGUGGAUAUAAUAAUCCAGUCACAAGUGGAGGUUUACAGAGUCAAGAUCAUCCUCUCAUGUGAGAACAUUAUAGAAUUGAAAGCAACCCUUAGCUACAUUUUUUAAGCACUUUUGCAGACAUUGUUACAUUUUCAGGAACUGCACUCAUGACUGUGGUCUCACCAAUGGCAGAUGAUCCAUUGCACUCAUUCACUGUAACAUACUCUUAAAACCAAAAGCCUGUAUUUGUCCUGCUUUGAAAAUACUCCUACUUUCUAAUGCUAUCCUAUGACCUGGUGGGGGGGGGGUGUCAAUAGAAUGAAACCGGAAUGUCACUUCCAUUUACUUUCUUUGCUUUUGUUGUGUGUUUGUACUGAGACACAACCAGUCUGGUUUUCGUAAAUAUUUACAAGGUGAUUAGUAGUUUGUGCAACACCGUCAAAGCAUCGCAGGGGUUGGAGGUCACGGGGGAUGAUAUGUGCGGAAAAAAGGUCUGUGGUGGAGACACCAGAUGGUUGUUCAGUAAUGUCAACAAUGAAGUGCAAUUGAAGACAAUGCAAAGUGACAAAAUGUUGUGCCAACCCCCCUGUACAAUAGCUGCCAAUGGGAUCAGCAGAUAAAAUAGCAAUGCUUCACCAAUAAAACAUUAAACACUGUGAAUUGUAAAGUCAAUAACAAAUUCAAUAGAUAGAAAAUAAAUGUUAAAUACAGAGUGUAAAUAAGAGUGUUUUUAGUUUAAAGGUUUGGGAGGCCAAUGCUAUAAGUUGAGUUUUCUGGGAGUAAUGACCUAGACGUUCUGGGAGACUUUGAAGGUGUGGCAGUUUCUGGUACGAAAGACCACUAUUGCUCCGCUUACAGAGACUGGCUCUAAGAGAUUGGUAGUGAGUUGACAUCCCAUCCAAAACAUUACUGUAGGUAACUAAGUAAAAGAGGAACCUCAGGGUCCUUGAAUGGCUUACGUGGUAAAUGCAUGUCUGUGUGGCGUGCAGGGGGAGUCAUAUAGUCAGGGGAGCGCAGGUUCACGUCCCGUCUCAGGCAGACAGAGGCAGGUAGCUUGCAGACAACCACUCUCGAGUUCCUGGAGGUAAAGAAGCAGUUGCCUUGGUCGUGGUAUCAAAGGACGCCCACAGACCUUCAGAUUUCCUGAGCUGUUGUGGGGAAUCUCUGCAGUGAGGGGAAAAAAUGAUUGGAUGUUCCAAACUGGGGAGAAAAUCAGGGGUAAAAUAAUUGGGCACUGUAAAUGUAUAGAAGAACAUGAGAAAUCUCAUUAUAAGUCGUAAUAAUUCAGUUCUCAUUGAUGUAUGGUAAUGGUGCACCCAGAGGUAAUGAAAGAGAGCUGAUUGAAUGCAAUUCAAGUGGGCCAGUAAUAGUGUGCAAAGUCCCUUAUUUUCAAAGAAAUCAAAAAAGAAUCCAAACUUUUAAUUAAUAGCAUCCCUGAAAUGAUUCAAAUAGUUUUGUUUUUUUUAACAGUCAAGCACUAGCUGUACUGCAGAUGGUAUUUGUAUUCAUUAGCUGAGCUUAAAGGAGGCAAAAACGGAGACAUCUUUUCUUUUGCCUCAACUGGAAUACUGCUUGAUGAAGGCAUUUUCACAAAUGGCGUCAGAACACAAGGCUUUCAAGUACAAGCAAGCUUCAAAAACACAAGGGAUCUCAUAAAACUGAACCACAAUACUAUAGCGCUUCACAGAAACAGUGCUUCAGUACUGAACUUGCUCAUGAGCUCCUCCAAGGGUAAUAACAUAAAGAAAUUAGGGUUUAAAUAAACUUUCACUAUUGUCCAUGGAAUAAACCUACCAAUAAACAGCUGAAUCAAGCUGAAUCAAGCUCUGAAUUUGCUUUGCAAUGCAUUGUAAUUUGAAACAGUUUGAUUCAGACAGUAAGGAGGUUAAUAUUUUAAACAAUAUUCAUGUAGAGGUGAAUAUGAAAUAAAUCAUUCAAUAUUAAAACUCUUUAAACAGAUAUAUGCCAUAUACAACCAAACCUGCCAACACUGUGUUGCUGUUAAUAUACAGGUAAGACAGUAGAGACAAAGGGCAUGAUUCUGCAUAAUUCCACUGCUCAUGACAUAUGUAAAUCGAAUGACAAAAUCUGCACAUAGGUAUGGUAUUAACAGACAGCUCAGUGCUUCAUUGAGAGAGAAAAAAUUCAGAAGGCGGCCUGUAACUCCCUCGGGAUUUGAUCCCACAUGAGUUCUUUGGCAUUCCAGUCAUUAUCUCCAUGGAAAUGGACCAAAUAUGCACAAUAACAGUUGUUUUGCCCGUAUGGCCAAAUCUUUCUUAAUUAAAGGAAUGAUAACCAAGCAUUUCAAAUCAAUUUUCUUACCUUUUGUAAGCACUUGCAACAGUAUAACUGUUGUUUUUUUUUUUUGCUCUUUGUUUUGUUACACUUCCUUCUUCCUGCUACAAUAUCACUUCCUGUGGUAAAAGGUGGUCUGGCCAAAGGGCUUCACUAUAGUACACAUAUUGUUUUUUCAAGUAAAAUAGAGACGUUCUAGAUGAGCUGAAGUUGAGAUUGUAUCAUUUCAUAUUGCACAUUUGAAUACAUAUCGUUGGUGUAAAAUCUUGGUUUCCCUUCAUGUUCUAUGAAUUGGUCAUGCUAUCUACAGCAACAUCGCAUGAAUAAUGUAUAGCCCUUUAUAUCCAUAGCUUUUUAUUUUUAAAGAUUAAAAAAAAGAAAUAAAAAAAUAGAUAGCAUACAUUUCAGAGAUCAAUAACAAACAGUAUUUGCAUAAUAUACAGUAUUGCACAAUAAGCAGCCAUUUAAGCAAGCAUAUAAAUGGGCAUAGAGAAAUUAGCUGAAAUGGCAACAAGUGGUGCACAAAUAAAAGGAGGUUUGCAAUAUUUAAGAUUCACGAUUAUACAUGUAGCAGCAGACGCAGUCCCUGUUUGUACACAAUGUACUGGGGUCGGGGGUCAAAUCUUGACGGGUCAAGCUGGGAUUUAGUUUUGCUGGAACCCUUUGACCAUUACUAGGAACGAGGUAACACAAUUAAUAUGUUUUUUUUAAUUUUUUUUAUCUGGAUUAAAAGACCAUGGCACAGCAAUCUGUCAAGGAAACCAUAAAAUAAGAUCGACAAUAGUGCAGGUGCAACUAGUUACACAGAGCAGUUUGAUGGGCAUGUGCAGUGACCUUGCCCCUUCCUCGAUGGAGCCUCAGACAGUGAUCUAUUUGGAAUUUAACAUAAACCAUUGACAACAGAAGCACAUGUUCAGACGGUCAGCUUUUACAUGACACCUGCAUGGAGGCAAGGUGAAAGCUGAAUAAUCCACAGGGGAAUGUUCUUUUUGCUAAAGCUGUAGGGCUGGAAUGUAAUGUGUUUCAGAGAUCUGGAUAGAUCAGAUGAAGCAGACAGCAGCAGGUGCAGUUCUGUUUGCAGCCGUCACAUAGAUUAUAUCAGUAUAGGGAAUUCUCUACCAUAAGCUACAAGAUGCUAGAAAUUCGAUCUGCAUCUCCAUCUGUCAAACAUGUUGUAGAUAAAUGUGGUGAGGAAUGUGUGCUCGAGUGAGGAACACUUUUCACGCAGACCCAUUUAAUCUGAAAUAUCCUUGUCAUUGUUGAACUGGAUUGACAGGGAAAGACAAAGCAAGGAGGUCCACAUCCAAGUUGUAUUAGCAAAAUAUGUUUACAGCCAGACCAUAGUUUGAACAACUCCCCAAAAAACAAUGUAAGUUUUCUUAGUGCACUUAUUACUGCAAAUUUACAAGUAGUGUGGGUUGCUGUAUUCUAGCACAUAUAAAUGGACUUGUUUUCCAGAAUGGCCCAUAUUGUCAUCAUUUUUCCUGGUUCUGGAAGCACCUUACCAACCAAGAAGCAGUCCUCUGUCAGACACCUGUAAGAUCUGCCGUCUUGUCCAUCUUGAUUGAAACAGACUAGCAACAAAGAUAUAUAACCAUGUACAUAGAGUAAGCACUGUAGCUACUGUAUACUCUCUUAUGUGCACUGGAAAGCAGAAAUGACUGAUUUACUAUAUAUAUAUAUAUAUAUAUAUAUAUAUAUAUAUAUAUAAACAAAAACCUGGAUUUAAAAACAGUUAUUCCAGGACUGGUGAAAGGCACCACUAUGAUUCUCUUGCAUCACGUUCAGGAAAUCAGAUAUAUAUUUGGCCAGCAGUUCCUAAAAAUGAGCUUUCCCUGAAAAACUUUGGCUUGUAUAUUUUAAUGACUUGAUUACUUAUGGUAAAUCAUACUGUAGUUCGUGACUCUCCAUUGUUGUACCUCUUAAAGAGCAUGAAUGUUUAUAAUUAAGGAAUUAAAACAUGUUGACCAGAGUAGAGAUGGAAGUCUAGGAAUGACAAACAACAAAACAUGCAGCAUGAGAACAAAUUGCUUGUCAAGUUAUCUGAUUAUCAGGUAUCAAAUUAGGUGAUUGUUGCUGCGGUUUCUUGUUGUUUUACAGUUCAACAAAAAAAAAAAAAAACUGAUAAACUAUUAUAUUGCGUAAAUGUGCCUUAGGUGCCGAAAAAUAAUGUGUCCAUAAAAAAAAGUUGAAAGACAAAUACGCUUAAAUUUUUUUUAUUUAUGAGCUUAUCAACAUUAUUAGUUGUUGUUUACAAAACACAACUAUGUACUUGGCUGAAGUGCAUAACUUUGAGAGUUCCAAAGGUUUAAUAGGAAGGGCUUGUUUAAAUAUAACUCUGGUUUAGUGCUGCGUGAACCGAUUAUUCAGAUUAUGCUCUCUGCAGAAAUCAGGUCGUUGGUGUUGGUUGGGCUAAUUUACCAUUUAAAGUUCUACAAAAGAAGAAACAGCUGCUUGGAUGUGUGAUGAUUGCUGCUUUUCUUAGAUUCUGUGAAGAACAGCAGUCCACAUCCAAGCAGCUGCUUCUUCAGUUUGUAAUAUUAGCCCAGUCAACAUCAAUGAUCCUCACCUGUACAGAGCUUGAGUUGAACAAUCGAAUAAUCAGUUUGUGCCGCUUGACCUGGUUAUUAAUUAACAGCACUUAAAUAUACAGUAUAUACCUUGUCAGGGACUAUGUUCUAUUGUGGGUUACAAUAUGUACUUUAGUACAAUAAUUUAACAAAAUGCAGUUUGCUGUAGUGUUAUUUUCAGCUGGGUUGUCUUGCAAUUCUGUAAUGUUUUCCAGAAUCAAUUAAAAGAACAAAAAACUGACUUUUCAUUGCUAAACUCGAGUCAGACACCCUACCCGAGAUUCUGUCAUUAAAAUUACUGCUCCACCUGGAAUGCGCUACCUUUACACUUAUAAGUAUACCAUGGCAAGACUAUGUCUACACAGACAUACACUCAUAUCAUAUUCUAGGCUUUUGCAAAAGUAAUAGCUGUAAAAACCUGCUUUCAAGGUAGAUUGGUGUCAGUUUUACUGCUGGAAAAAAUACAUUAUCUUUAAUAAAAAUAAUCUAUGUAA